UAAAUAAUUCAUUAUUUGUUUUUCAAGCUGACUUCACCUAUUGAAAUUUUUAAUCAUCAUAAGUGAUUUGUGCAGAGCUAAUUACCUUAUUCAACUCCUAUAACAAUCAUGUUGCCUAAACUUAUUACGAUUUGCAAAAUUGCACUGUUCGUAAUGGUCUUUAUGAGUGUAAUUUCUCAUGUUGUUAUGUCGAACUCCGCCCCGAAAAAGUUACAAAUUGGAGUUAAGAAACGGCCCAGCGAGUGCCCUACAAGAAGUAAAAAGGGCGAUCUCCUUCACAUGCAUUAUACAGGAACAUUAGAAGAUGGUACGGAAUUUGAUAGUUCAAUUCCUCGUGGUAACCCACUGACCUUCACUCUUGGUUCUGGACAAGUCAUCAAGGGCUGGGACCAGGGUUUAAUUGGAAUGUGUGAAGGCGAGCAAAGGAAACUAGUCAUUCCACCAGAACUAGCUUAUGGUGAAGCCGGAGCUCCUCCCAAGAUACCAAAGUCUGCUACUUUGACAUUCCAUGUAGAUCUAGUCAAAAUUGAAAGGAAGGAUGAAUUUUAAUAGUUACAUAUCCUGUAAAACUUUCAGCAUAAUUACUUGAUUACUUUAACUACAUUCCAUGCAAAUGUAAUAUUAUUAUGAACCAGUGAUAUUAUGUUUAUUCAAUUUAAGUAUGUUACUUCUACAAUUCAAAAUAUGACAAAAUUAUAAAAUAAAGACUGCUGAAGGAGAUUA